AUGUUCGCUUCAACGUCUCAAAGUAACGAUGAUGGCAUACGGGCAUCUUACAAUAUCUCAUUGCAUAUCGCAAAAUCUGUGAAAUCGCACACCAUCGGAGAUCAGUUAAUUUUACCCGCUGGUGAAGAGGUUUUAAAAAUUCUUCUGCACAUGCCUUCAGCAUGUCUAGACAAAGAUAUUCAGACAUUCGUUCAACAUUUAAACGCGCUGCAUGAUGACUUCAAAAACAGAUUUGAAGAUAUUUUGAUGAUGGAAAUACCACUGUGGAUCCUUUAUCCAUUUGAAGAAACGGAAGUGGCGGAUAUGGUAUUAAAAGAGGAACUACUCGAGCUCAGCACCAAUGAAGAGCUGAAGGUGCAAUUUAAAAAAGGUUAUCAAAGAUUUGGGCUGCAGGCAGAAAUACCCAAAAAAAAUAAUAAAACAUAUCCUGGGAAAUUGCGAGAAGACUUUUGA